UUUCCUGUCGUGUGGGUAGUCCUGAAUCUGGAGCCUGCAGGAAGGUGUUGCUGUGAAGAUGUCGCAUCUAGCUGGUGACUGUAUACACUUGGAAUCAGUGGGCGAAGUGACAAAAGACGAACUAAUUGAGAAAUCUCAUGGUACUUGUCAAGACUGUAAAGUUGGAGGGCCGAACUUAUGGGCAUGUUUGGAGAAUGGCUGUUCCUACGUUGGUUGUGGAGAAUCCCACUCUGAUCACAGCACCAUUCAUUCGCAGGAAACCAGGCACAAUCUCACUGUUAACCUUACCACCUUGAGAGUCUGGUGUUAUGCAUGCGGAAAAGAGGUAUUUCUGGAGCGAAAACUUGGACCUCCACCAACAGUGCAACAUGGGACAUCACCACAGAUGUGCGAACACCAGGAUUCCUCUCCCUGUGAACAGAUGUUGAAAGCUCCUAUUACUCUAGUGGGACAUGACCUAGAUGCAGAAUAUGAUGACAUGAAGACAAGAGGUCUCACUGGAUUGAAAAACAUUGGAAAUACUUGUUAUAUGAAUGCAGCUCUUCAAGCUCUUUCUAACUGCCCUCCCUUGACUUUAUUUUUCCUUGAAUGUGGAGGCUUGGUGCAGACAGUUAAAAAACCAGCUCUUUCGAAAAGUUACCAAAAGUUGAUGGCAGAAAUAUGGCACAAGAAUCGUCCCAGCUACGUUGUGCCUACAAGCCUGUUCCAGGGGAUUAAAACAGUGAAUCCAAUGUUUCGGGGGUAUUCCCAACAGGAUGCCCAAGAAUUUCUGCGUUGCUUAAUGGAUCAACUUCACGAAGAAUUGAAGGAACAAAUUGUCGAGCAGAUUGAGGACGCUGUAUCUGCAACUAUGGAAGAUCAAAUGGAAGAAGAAAACUUGUCUGACAAUGAAUUUCAGUCUUGUGAUUCAUGCUCUGGCAGUGACAAGGCUGACCCUGAGACAAACUCUAAGAUCUCGGCAGAAGACUGCAUGGAAGCAGAGAUGCUAGUACAUGAAGAAAUGAAGAAUUGUGCAUCAGCUAAAGGAUGGCAACGGGAGCGAAAUCUGCUGCAUAAGCUUUAUAGGCCCAACUCUAGAGAUGAAUUGGAUAAAGACAUGGAUACUUCAACAGGUGCUGAUCAAAUAGUAGACCGUGAUGGGACAGUCAAAGUGCAGAUCCAAAGCAGGUUGCCAGACGUUGCUUGUGAUGUGUCUAUGCGCAGUCCUUCAAGGCCACACAGUUCUACGUCUAACGAUGCAACAAAUGCAAGGCUGUCCAGCAGUCCACCCCGAUCCACUUCAUUGUGGGGGGGGCUUGUUUCCUCACACAGAAAAGUUGCCUCUUUCACACCUUUUAAAAAGAGAAAGCAGGUGAAGUACAGAAGUGUUGUUUCUGAUGUCUUUGAUGGCACGAUUGUAAGCUCGGUGCAAUGUUUGACCUGUGAUCGGGUAUCCACCACCUUGGAGACCUUUCAGGAUCUCUCUCUGCCUAUCCCAGGGAAAGAAGACCUGGCCAAGUUGCAUUCGUCAAGUCACCAGAUGUCCUUAGUGAAGGCAGGGUCAUGUGGUGAAGCAUAUACGCCACAAGGUUGGAUAGCAUAUGUCAUGGAAUACAUUAAAAGUUGGUUCUGGGGUCCUGUGGUAUCCUUGCAGGAUUGUCUGGCUGCCUUCUUCGCCAGAGACGAGCUCAAAGGUGAUAACAUGUACAGCUGUGAAAAAUGUAAAAAAUUGCGAAAUGGUGUUAAAUUCUGCAAAGUGCAGAAGUUACCGGAGAUUUUGUGCAUUCACUUGAAGCGAUUCAGACAUGAGCUCAUGUUUUCCACCAAAAUCAACAGCCAUGUGUCAUUCCCUUUAGAAAGUCUUGAUCUUCAACCUUUCCUUGCUAAAGACAGCUCGCCUCAAAUCACAACUUAUAAUCUCUUAUCAGUAAUCUGUCAUCAUGGCACUGCCAGUUGUGGUCAUUAUACAGCUUAUUGCCUAAAUGAUCUGAAUAAUCGAUGGUUUGAAUUUGAUGACCAGAAUGUGAUGGAAGUGUCUGAAUCAACUGUGCAGAAUGCAGAAGCUUAUGUGCUCUUCUACAGGAAAAGCAGUGAGGAGAUGCAGAAGGAAAGGCAGAGAGUAGCUCACCUACUGAAUAUGAUGGAACCUAGUCUACUUCAGUUCUACAUAUCGCGCCAAUGGUUGAACAAAUUCAAGACUUUUGCUGAGCCAGGUCCUAUUAUCAACAAUGAGUUUCUUUGUGCUCAUGGAGGUGUUCCACCUCAGAAGGCCAGUUACAUUGAAGACCUUGUUGUGAUGUUGCCUCAGAAUGUCUGGGACUAUCUGUACAGCAGGUAUGGAGGGGGGCCAGCAGUCAAUCAUCUCUACACCUGCCAAACCUGUCAGAUCGAGAUUGAAAAAUUAGAAAAGAGAAGGAAGGUGGAACUGGAAAUGUUCUUACGACUAAACAAAGCCUUCCAGGAAGAAGAAUCACCUUCUGUUAUCUACUGUAUUAGCAUGCAUUGGUUUAGAGAAUGGGAAGGAUUUGUCAAAGGCAAGGAAAAUGAGCCUCCUGGUCCAAUUGAUAAUGCCAAGAUAGCUAUUGGCAAAAGCAACCACAUGUCUUUAAAACAAGGAGCUGAUUCCGGCCAGAUCUCAGAAGAGACCUGGUACUACUUUUGCACAAUUUAUGGAGGGGGCCCAGAGAUCACCCUGCGGCAGAAUGUAAGCCAUCCUGAUACAUCGUGUGUUGAAGAGAAAGUAGAGGUCGAAAUCCGUCCGGUGCAAUAAUGUCAAAGGAAAUAUUUUAAAGUACUACAACUGUGAUGAAUUAUGCUGGAUUCUAAGCAUUCCAGGGUGUGAUAUAUUUUUUUUUUGAAAAACAAUUUCUGCAGUGGCAUUAAUGAUUUGUGUUUUAGGGACAAUCAAACCCUGUUAUGUAAAAUUGUUUGACAUAGGUUUUUGGUUUGUCUGACAAACUGUCCUGAAAGGUUGGAGGUGUUUUCUCGUGGUAUGUGAUGUAGCUUUGAUCUGUGAUAGGCCCACACACUAAAAGUGUACUAGUGUGAAAUGGGUUGCUAAUAUUAAGUUGACUCAGGAAAGCACUGAUAUCUUUUUGUUUGCACUGUACUGUAGAUGAAAAUUCAAAGAUUUCACAACUGUUGACCAUGCUACUGUAAGCUGUUAAAGGAAUAUUCUCAGGAGAGCUUGCAAAAAUUGAAGCUAAAUGCAAUGAGGAGGACAGGCUAACCAGCAGUAUUGUGUUCAGCUAUAUUAGAAGCAAUAGAGAAAGCCAUUGCAUGGGUGCCAGCACUAACUGUUUGACAUCAGUUAAUUUCUAAUCCUCUUCUUAUUUUACUACGUUUUUAAAAUGUUUGUUUUCUGUUUUCAAUAUUGCUACAUCAGUAGCCACUUGUAAUAAACACUCCCUGUUUUCUGGAGAAAAUUUCUUCUCUAAUCUGAAUUCUGUGCUCACUUUACAAAUUUGAAAACGAAUAGAAAUCACCUUUCAUCGUUUACUAUGCUUUCACAAUAUUGAAAAGCUUCUGUUCUAGCAAUUAUCUGAAAAUAUGCUGAUUCGCCUCAGUUGGGAAUACUCCAACCUCUUGAGUCAGUAGGUUGUGGGUUCAAACCCUAUCUACAGAUGUGAACACCUAAUCAGGGCCGGGAUUGACUGAAUUGCUGCAUUGUUGGAGGUGCCAUCAGGCUCCUUCUUUGUCACUGUUCUCUGCUGGCUAUCCAGUGUAUAACUGAGCACUUUAAGGUAUUGUCAACUGAAUAGAAUGGUUACAGCACAGGAGCCCGUUUGCCCAGCUGAGCCCCUUUUGCACACUGAGUAAUUUAGCCAGUUCCAGUUCCACUUCCCCUCCUUAUCCUGUUGACAUAUAAUUAUUUUUCUCCUUACAGAUGCUCAUCCAGUUCUGUAUUGAAAACCACAAUUAAAUCUGCCACCUUCACCUUACUUUAUGAAUUUCAUAACAUUGUUUAAAGCAUUGGAAGUAUUUUCUCCCGCAGCGUGCUGCCUUUCAUUCAUCUACAAUUCACCAUAAAACCAUGUCCUCUGUUUCUUGACCCUUCUGCCAAUGGGAACAUGAUAGGCGACAGUAAAUGUCAUUGACAGUAAGGUACUAUUUGACCAAGUAUGACAUCAAAGAAUGAUGGUUGUGGUUAUUGAGCAGUGACCCUCUCAGACCCAGAUCACGAGUGCGAGUUUUCUCAGGAUGCAUGUCCUCGGCCCAACCAUGUUCAGUUUCUUAAUCAAUUUCCUUUCCUCCAUUAUAAGUUCAGAAGAUUGGAUGUUCAGUAUAUAUUGUAACAUCUGUCACUUGAAGUGCCAUAACACACAGGCUAUGGGCCCUAUGCUGGAAAAUGAGUAGACAGGUGCUUAAUGACCAAUGCAGAUAUAAUGGGCCGAAAGGCCUCUUUCUGUGCACUAAGGUUAUGACAUCCAAUACUGACAGCAGUAAGUGCCUGCAUGCAUGCCACAAGGCCUGGACAACAUUCAGUUUUGGGCUGUUAAGUGGCAAGUAACAUUUGUAAAAUGCAAUGCUCAUCUCCAACAGAAGAGAAUCUAACUAUCACCCCUUGACGUUCAAUGGCAGUACAAUAUCUUGACCAGAAACUGAACUCGACCAGCCAUGUAAAUACUGUAGCUACAGGAGUAGGUCAGCAGUUGGGAAUUCUAUGGUGAACAAUUUGACUCCUGACUCCCAUCUGUCUACCAUCUGAAAGGUACAAGUCAGAACAGUGAUGAAAUACUCUCCAACAUAAAUAGAAAUUGCUGGAAAAACUCAGCAGGUCUGGCAGUAUCUGUGGAGAAAUUGGGUCCAGUAACCCUUCAGAACUGAAAUAUUCUCCAGUUAUCUUGAUAAGUACAACUCCAACAACAUUUAGGCUUGUCACCUCUCGGAACAAAGAUGUCAUUCAAAAAGAAGCCACCACUCGAUCUACUAAAACACACGCGAAUGGUGCACCAUAAGCAGCAGUGAGUAUCAUCUCCAAGAUUAACGGCACUAACUCUAGAAGGCUCGUUCAGCACCUUCCAAACCUGUGACCUCUGCCACCUCACAAUAAAGAUAGCAGAUGCAUAGGAACACUAACAACUGAAAUGCUCCCUCCAAAGUAGCACAGCAUCCUGACCUGUAACUGUAUUGAUGUUCUUUGCUUUUGUACUCUGUGCUUAAAAAUGUGUUGCUGGAAAAGCGCAGCAGGUCAGGCAUAAGCCCUUCCCGAA